AUGGCCGGCAUCCCACCCACCCUCAACACCACCCACCCCGGCACUCCUGCCAACGAGUGGGCCCGGUCCACCACCGCCGCCGCAUUCGCCCGCACAGACCCUGCACCCGCCACCAACCAGCCUUCCACCCACUCGAUGGCCAUCAACCCCUCCCCUCUCGGCGGCUCCUCCAUUUCUGCCACCGACUCUCCCAACAAGGGUCCCUUCGAUCCUCAGUUCGUCCCUCCAGGCGAUCAAGUACCCGGUGCAUACCCCGUUACCCCCGGCGAUUCAAACCCUGCAGCCCAGACGUCGGUCAGGGAUACGGCAGUCCGUGCUGCGGAGGUCGCCUCCCAGAUGGCAAGUAAUGCCGCUACCACCGCCGCGUCUUACUUGCCAAAGGGCGUUGUCGACACCGUCACUUCCUACAUCCCUACGUCACACGCGACCUCGACCAUGUCCACCGCUCGCGCAUCCGAGCAUGACGCCGAGCACAAGACCUCCCUCCCUACCACCGAGUACGGUGGUGCGAGUACAGGCGAACACGUCGGCGGCGUUGGGUCCCUCCCCGGCCCGAUGAACGAGCCCGGCGUCGCCAAACUCCCCCAAGAGAACACGGACGAGGAGCGCUAUGUCACCGCUGGCACGGUCGCGGCGACCCUCGCCUCGGCCACAUACGCGCUCAAGGACGCUACUCUGAGCGGCAGCCAGUCCGCCGCACGGACCGCGCAGCAGACCGCGCAGAACGCCGCGCAGACCGCUCAGGCCACCACUCAACAAGCCGCGGGAACCGUUCAAGGCACCGCGAAGCAAGCUUCGAACACCGCGAAGCAGUAUGUACCAGGAACGCAGACAACAGCCGUCACCGCGUCGACGCUCCCAUCUCGCGAGUUCAUGGGGGCCCAGCCAGGCGACCGCUCUUCUGGCGCGGGCGCGCUCCCGGGCUACCAGAACGAAUCACACGUCGCCCGUCUCCCUGAGGAGUCUAUUCAUCCUCAGUACGAUUCCGGUAACGUCGACACCGCCGCCCAGGUCGCAAUGUUGCCCUCGGACGAGAAGUACGGCAACGAGGCCGCGUUCGGCGAUAUGCGCCAUGUCGCGGGUGUCGGCGCGCUCAUCGGCGACCGCAGCGAGCAGGGCGUCGCGCGCCUUCCUGACGAACGUCAAGGCACAGGCACGACGGGACAGACGGGCACGCGUGGCGAUCCUGGAGCGGGCCUCACUGGCCCGACCGGAGCCACUGGUGUGGGUGCACUUGUUGUCACGCGCGACGAUCAGGGGAGGCAAGGCGUGAACGUAAUGGACUCGCGAGGCUCGCACGCUGCCAGCGGCGUAGCCGCACCGACUGUCGAGCGCAAAGACAAGGAGAAGACCAUUGAGGCCAAGCCUAAGGAGGAAGGAGACAAGAAGGAUGAGGGCAAGAAGGCCAGCGGCCAGUCGGAACCCAAGGGACAACCGAACAAGUCUGGAGAUUGGGGCUCUAAGGGUCUGACUCCGAAGGACUUGGACAUUGGGAACGGGCAGCGGCGCGCGGUGCAGGCAGACCCCCUCCAUGCGAAUAUUCGUCCACGUGCACAUGGGCUGGGCGGUCCCGGUGCGAGGUGGGGGAGCAACGCCGUCGAUGGUGACCAUGCCCGCGAUGACUUGGAGCACGAUGAAAGUGAUGGACAGCCGAAGGGCUCCGGCUAUGAUACCGAAUACCAUCCCGCUGAGCUACACCCUCCGGAAGAGACAAAGGGCCACCCCGAGUCACAGACUGCGGAGGGCGAGAAGAGCCUCGGCGCGACGCAAGCGGAUGCCAGCCGCCCGCCGGAAGAGCAAAAGCCGCCGCAUGUGCAAGAUACUCAGACACAGCGCAAGGCGACGUUCAUGGAGAAGAUGAAGGGCGAGGCGAAGGUGCUGCUGGGCAAGAUCGAGGGCAAGCACGAUAAGGUCGCAGAGGGGCAGCGGUUGAAGCACCCGACGACGGAGGAGGCGGCGGCCGAGGCGCCGCCUGCGCAGACGAAGUAGUCGGAAGGCUGAGGUGCGAAGAUCAGUCCCGGGUACUAGCGUGAAGAUGUGUCAUGAACGAAUGAGUCGUUGGAAGACCAUUUGGGGAACGACGUGUACGAUCUGCAUCGUGGCUGUUUUACUACUGUAUUACUCACCUGGCGAAAGACGUGUUACGGUCCCUUCAUAGUUGUAAUUUGCGAAUAC